AUGGACCAGGCCGCCCCAAAAGACUGCCUGCCACCGCCUGGCGCCUGCGAGGACCCCGCCGACGAGCUGGCCGCCCUGUCCAUCCGCGAUGUGCUCGACGCCGACUCGCGCCCGACCUUUGUGCUCGACCUCGACCCCGAUGAAGACCUACCCACCGCUCCGGGCCCCGAGCCCGCCAAACCCGUCAUCCCCGUCUUUUGUAAUGCUGCCCUGCGCCAGCACGAGCGCCUUUUCGACGCCCUCAUCGGCCCCGACGCCACCGGCCUGCCCGAACACGCCGUCGCCGACGGCUCCUUAACGCCGCCCGCGACCUACAACGACUUCCGCCGCUGGGCCACGGGCGUCACUCCCCACGACGACUCCAAGGACGUCUUUCCGCUCUCCAUUCUCUAUGCCGGCCUGCUAUGGACCGGCUCCACCGUCCGCCAGCGCUGGCGCCUGAUCAGCGGCAGCCGCCUGUGGCGCGCCGACAGCGACGUGCUCGGGCUGUCUGCCGCCGCCUCGCGCAACCACAGCCCAACUCGCAGCUGCCACAAUGCCGCCACCGCGCCGCCUGUCCCCCAGCCUGCCGGCCCCCGGCAGCCAGCACCGCCGCCGUCGCCGCCCUCGGAUAAGCUCGCCUCUCUGCCCUCUGACAAAGCCCCGACUCUCCCAGACAGCGUCACCGCGACUCCCCGCGCCACGAACUCGACCUUGCCCGCCCUACCCGAACGCCCUCCCACUGCGACGUCGUCGACCCUCGUGUCGUCGACAAAGUUCCAGCCAAAACCCUGUUUUGGAGGCACGCCAGACGGCAGCUCCAACGACACGGGCAGCACCUCGCUCGGCGCGCGGUCCAUCACCCUGUCGUCGCCCGAAAAGGCCGUGUCCGACUGGACAAUGCCCAACCCGCGCGGCGUGCUAUCGGAGCACCAGAAGUUUGCGCGCUCCAUCGAUUGGGCCGCCACGCCACUGGGUGCCAUGGAGAGCUGGUCGCCCGAGUUCCGCCAGGCCGCCAACCUCUGCCUAAGCAACCCCUUCCCCGCCGCGCUGUUUUGGGGCGGCGAGCUGACGGUGCUGUACAAUGAGGCCUACGCCGUCGAAGUGGCCGGCUCCAAACACCCGUCGCUCAUGGGCACCGGCUUCUCCGGCCCCUUCGCCGAGAUCUGGGACUAUUUAGGCCCCAUAUUUGCCGAGUGCGCGCGCACUGGCAUUAGCGUGCGCAAGGAGAAUGACGGCCUGACCCUGCACCGCGACGGCUAUCUGCUCGAAACUUUCUACUCGUGGGCCUUCGUGCCGCUUUACGGCGGCACCAGCCGCAUCCUCGGCUUCUACAAUGCCCCCUUCACUACCACCGAGACGGUCCUCAACCACCGCUGGCUGCAAACCAUCAACCGCCUCGGCAGCCACACGGCCCACGCAAAAUCGGUUAAGCAGUUCUGGCGCCUCGUGCUCGAGGCCCUCGAGGACAACGUUUAUGAUGUGCCCUUUGCUCUGCUCUACUCUCUCGGCGACAUUGAGGACCCUGAGAACUCGUCCACGUCGUCUGGCAGUACCUUGUCACUAAAGUCCUGCCACCUCGAAGGCUCCAUCGCCGUGCCCAGCAACCACCCGGCAUCUCCGCAACAGCUGGACCUGAAGCGCAGCCGUGAAGGAUUUGUGCCGUCGUUCCGCGAGGCCAUGCGCACCCGCGAGCCCACGCUGCUGCACACUCGCGACGGCAGCCUACCCGAGGCCAUGCUCGAAGGCAUCGCUUGGCGCGGCUUCGGCGACCCCUGCCGCGAGGCCAUCAUCUUUCCCGUCCGCCCCACCAACGGCGAUGUUGUCCUGGCCUUUCUCGUCCUGGGGGCGAACCCGCGCCGGCCCUACGACGAGCCCUACAAGGCCUUCAUUGCUACCUUGAACCGACAGCUAGCCACCUCACUUGCCUCGGUCAUCCUGUUCGAGGAUGAGGUUCGGCGCAGUCGCAACGCCGCCGAGACGGCUGCACUGGAGCGCGAGCAGCUUACCGAACAGCUUACCCUGCAAGCCAGCCGCCUGCGCCGCAUGACGGAGCUCUCGCCCCUGGGUAUGUUCCUCAUCAGCCCCGAUGGCGUGUUGCGCGAAGCCAACGACCGCUUCUUUGAAAUGACGGAGCAUCCGCGCGAGAGCCAGUACGAGUACGAGAUGUCGUGGAUGGACUUCAUUCUCGAAUCCAGCGUCGACACCAUGGAGUCGGGUUGGCGGCGCCUCGUCCAGAGCCAGGUGCCCUGGUCAGGCGAGCUCCAACUCAAAAAGCGGUCGCCCGCCCAGUCGCCCGUGAACCUGCACGGCGAGUCCAUAGACUAUUGGGUUCUCCUCAACGCCCACCCAGAAUUCGAAUCGGACGGCACCUUGCGCUCCAUCAUGGGCUCCAUAACCGACAUCUCGCACCUCAAAUGGGCCCAGGGCCUGCAGCACCGCCAGCUGCAGGAGGCCGAGGAGACGCGCCGCCAGCAGAACGAGUUUAUAGACAUCACGUCGCACGAAAUGCGAAACCCGCUCAGCGCCAUCCUGCAGUGCGCCGACGACAUCUCGUCGGCCCUUUCCGAAGCGGGAGCCAAGGGCCCGCCCCCGGCCGAUGUCAUCGACUCGUGCGUCGAGGCGGCCCACACCAUUGCGCUGUGUGUGCAGCACCAAAAGUCCAUUGUCGACGACAUCCUCACCAUAUCCAAGCUGGACUCCAAUCUGCUGCUCAUCACGCCCGUGCCCACACAACCGCUCACCAUCCUCCGGCGCGCCGUCAAGAUGUUCGACCCCGAGCUACAGGCCAAGCAGAUCCAAGUCCAGGUCGAGACCAACCCGCUCUUCCACGAUCUGGCUGUCGACUGGGUCACGCUGGACCCCAGCCGGGUGCUGCAGGUCCUGAUCAACCUCAUGACAAACGCCAUCAAGUUCACGGCGCCGGUUAGCGGGAAGCGCCUGAUAACGGUCGGCGUGGGCGCCUCGCUCGCUCCGCCCGACGCGCGCCAGAUCCGCGCCGGCUUCCAGUACGUGCCUUCCAAGACGGGCAACUUGGACAUUACGGCGGCGGAGGAGUGGGGCGCUGGCGAGGUUUUAUACGUCAACUUCCAGGUCCAGGACACGGGCUGCGGGCUCAGCGAGGCCGAGAAGCAGAUGCUCUUCCAGCGCUUCAAGCAGGCCUCGCCGCGCACCCACGCUCAGUACGGCGGCAGCGGCCUCGGACUCUUCAUCUCCAAGAGGCUCGCCGAGCUCCACGGCGGCCAGAUCGGCGUCGCCUCCGAGGCCGGCGAGGGCAGCCUCUUUGGCUUCUUCGUGCAAGCCAAAAGGCUCCCGCGGCGCCCGUCGCAGCUUGGCCCCUCGCUGGUUGGGGAAUCGCCAUCACUGCUCACGGAACAAGAGCAGGAGCGGCGGGACGACGAGCAGCAGCGUCACCCGAUCGAGCAUCACCUCGGCGCGGACCCGUCGUCGCUUCAAAGCCUGCAUAUGACGCCUCAGCGCCAGGACUUUGCGUCCAUCGGAGGACCGGUCGCUAGCCUGGUGGCAACAAAGGCGUCGGCGACGGUGGCCGUGGCUGCGGCGGGUAAUCGCAUAGUCGCCAGGGCCUCCACCAUGAGGUCUGCGACGGUCGCGACGGUGGGGGUGCCGGCUAAAGACAUGCACAUCCUGGUGGUCGAGGACAACUUGAUCAACCAAAAGGUGCUGGUAACGCAGCUGCGCAAGGCUGGCUGUACCGUCCACACGGCCAACGACGGCCUCGAGGCCCUGGCAUUCCUCGACACCACCAGCCUCCGGGUGCGGACGGCCGACGAGCAGGAGCCCGGCGGCGGCGAGGGCCAGCGUCUUCACCUGUCCAUCAUCCUGAUGGACCUCGAGAUGCCCAACAUGGACGGUCUAACGUGCGUUUCGGAGAUUCGAAAGAUGGAAGCCGACGGGCGCAUCGCACGGCACGUACCCGUCAUUGCCGUGACGGCCAACGUGCGCGACGAACAGGUGGCCAAGGCGCGGAGCAGCGGUAUGGACGAUGUGGUCUCCAAGCCCUUUAGAAUACCCGAGCUGCUCGCCAAGGUGAACAAGCUAUUGACGGCCUAG